CAAUCACGAACAACUUCAACUCAAGCUUCCUCCAACCCUUUGUCGAGUUAACGAUGUCGCAAAUCGCAUCUGAGUUUCCUCGAUUUUCAGAACUUCCCUUUGAGCUAAGGAUUAAAAUCUGGGAGUUCGCUGUCCCAAUUUAUGUCAAGGACCUCGCGGACCGUCUUCCACCUGCGGAGGAGUAUUCUUGGGCGGAGCGGCGGCGACUGGCACUUACUGGCAGCAUUCCAGAAGACUCCAAGCAAGCUUUACGUGUCCGUAUUUUGGACCAUCCUGGUGUGCUCAAGCUGCGCUUCGAAGAAAACGACUUCGAAACCCUCGUUGCCUCUCUCCCGAUCUCUGCUGUUUGCCACGAGGCGCGCUCUUUUGUCAUCGAGUUUUGUCGCCCGCUAGGAGCGCAUCUACGGUUCGAGUACGCCACGUCCCCUAUGUUGACAUACGAAGAGACUAAAGAUGGUUGGGAACCACUGGAAGUGCCGUUUCGGCAGGAGGCAGAACACUUGGAGCGCCUGUUGUGGCAGCCGACAACACUGACUGUUGAUUUGGGAUCAUUUAAAUCGGCAGAGCACCUUGUCGACACGGUGGUCCGGUUCUUUGGCAACAAGAUUCAACGCUUAAUCCUCGACCAAGCGAUACCUGUUAGCUACUCUUUAGAUUAUGCGUACUGGGACGAUUCUGGCGCAAUACCUGAAAGAAUUGACGCAAUUCUAAAAACCUUUUCCGAAGAAGACCCUACUCUCAUGUGCGUGACGAAAGAUCGGAAGAUAUACGUAUCAGAGAGCUACUGGCAGACCAACCGCUGGGUGGUGUAUUUGGCUAAGCAUCUCGUGAAGAUUGCUGAGCUUCUUGAUGGGCCCUUGGAGAGCUUGCCGCAGCUUGAGCACCUUGAGGUGACUCUCAGUAUCUGUUCAUUAGAUAUUGAAAAUCCUAGGAUUGAGAUGGUUUAUAAACGGGACGUCGAGGUAUUGGCUGUUACCUCUAGCGACCCCUUGGGCUGGCCUUUGUGCGAGACUCCAACUGUACAUGUGGGCUAGCAGGUGGUCUUAGCGUAAUGCUACAAGUUUAGCCCGAAAUAAACAUUCCACUAAGAAUUAACUACCUAGGUACCUAGGGUAGUGUGAUGGAAGCUUAGAUGCCCAAGGAGCC